AUGCAUCGCGCUUUUGCCUGUUUUACUAAGCCCGGUGCAGCUGUAAAUAUCUUUCCUGCAACAAAACUAAAAGGAAAAACUGUUGCAGAACUUAAAGGCGAUAUUUGCAAAGGCUUUGACUUUUUAGGCGUUAGAUAUGGUUCGAUCCAAGAAGCCAUCACUGAUGACAUUGUACUUCUUGAUAAAUAUCCAUUAAUAUCGCGACCUAGUAGACCAUCAAAGUACUGUAUGCCAGAUUAUACUAUUAUUCCAUUAGCUCCAGAAAACCAGCAGACAAAAUGGAUUUUGUGCGAUGUUAAAGUUGAAGGCGAAUACGAAAUUCCUAAAUUUUUAGUUAAACUCCCUGAAGAUCAGAACGCAACGGUAAAAGAUUUUCUUAAAAUUGCACAGGAAUCGAUUGGCUUAGAAAACGAACCAAUAAAAAUAUCAAUACAGGAUGAAGAUAUUCCUGAAACCACAUUGGUCCAAGAACUCUACAAGAAAGCUUGGGAAAAUCAAGUUAUCUACCAUAUGAAGAUAACUGAAAAAGCCGGAGAUCUGAUGCAAAAGCGUUCAAAUAUCGUCCAGGAAAUCAAGGAAUCUGAAGCUAAAUACAUUUCUCAGCUUAAGUGUAUUAUUGAGUUUUGGACUCCAGAAGUUAAAAAGCGAAAGAUAUUUAACGAAACAGAAAUGAAAACAAUCAGUUCGGAAUUCGGAUCAAUUCUCAAUUGCCACCAAAUCUUUCUCGACGAGCUUACGCAAUUAAUGCAUAGCUAUAGCACACAAGUAGCCGGUUUGUUCGUUUCGCAUUCAUCUAUGUUUGAAGUUGCUAUUACUUAUAUUGCAAAUUAUCCACAAAUCAACGAUACAAUUGUAGAAAAAUGCAAAUCUAACUCAGUUAGAAAAGAAUUACUCGAAUUAUCUAAUCAGCAGAACGGUCAGGAUUUCCUUAGCUUCCUUAUUACCCCUGUACAAAGAAUUCCUCGCUAUCAAUUAUUCAUUCGCGACCUUACAAAGUAUACGCCAAGCUCCCACCCUGACUCCUUCCUUCUCAAGGAAGCAGCGAACUCAAUCGAAGCAAUUUUACGUAAAAUCGAAGUAGAAACAAAGAGUGUUUCUCAAAUGUGGCGUUUGAAGCAGAUUGAGAAGAAUCUUGUUAACAAAUUCAAGAUCGUUGUACCCAACCGCAAGUUAAUACAUCAAGCGCAAGUCGCUAUUAAAGGACAUUCAGAAAAUAUCGGAAUGAUCUACGUUUUCAACGAUAUUGUCUUAGUAACGAAAGAUCAGAGCAAAGGCAUUACAGUUUUAUUCGAUUCCCCUGUUACAUCUUUCCAUUAUCAGUUCGCAAUUGAUAAUGAUUUAUGUCUUAUAAUUUCUGCGGUCGAAAAAUCAUACAACAAGUCCAUUAUGAACCCUCGAAAGGACUACCUCAUCGGCUUCGCUGAUAAAUUGAGUUUAAGAGACUUUUUCCAAGCAUUAGUCACUGCAUCACAAGAAUUGACUAAAACAUACGAAUUCUCCUUCGAAUGGGCCCUCAUGAACACAAAGCUUUCACAAGUUUCCGCUGGAUCUGCUGCCGCGAACGGAUCUGAAUUCUUAUUCUUCGGCGGACAACCGGAAGAGAACAUGGCACCCGGAAACACACUUACCGCACUCAACCAGUUCACCAUGGAGCGUAUGGAUAUCCAAACUUGCGCGGAAGGAAGAGUUGGUCAUACAAUGACUUUAAUUGGCUCCAGAUUGUUCAUUAUCGGCGGAAAGAAUAAGAAUACUUUCUUCGAUAUGAUCCUUUGUUACGAUUUGAGGUCAAAUAUUUGGUCGGAACCCCUUCCAAAUUCAACUGUGACUUUUGAGCCAAGAUACGGACAUACAACCACUCUCUGUGAUGGAAGGCUUUAUAUUAUUGGCGGUAGGAACCAAAAAGGAGACGUUAUCGACACUGUAACUGUAUUUGAUCCAAUUGACAACAUGUUUGAGAUACUUCAGACGAAGAAUACCCCUCCUCCAGCCAGAUAUCAUCAUGUUGCAGUACUCAGUGGCCACUCAAUUAUAAUCCAUGGUGGAAAAGCUCAUAAGAAAUUAUUAUCUGACACUUGGGAGCUCGAUACCGAGACAAUGACAUGGCAGGAGAAGAUCCCACGUGGAGAUAAAAUUAUUCCACGUAAAUGCGGUGGCGGAUUCGUUUGUGGCGAUACAAUGAUAUUUUUUGGAGGAACAACAGAAAGUGGCGCCGCAGUAGAAUCAAUUGCCAUCAAAACAGAUACAUAUGUUGCCACAAAAGUUGUCGAUGUCGGCAAUGUUCCGUACGCAUUACGUAAAUUCUCUUAUUUCACCGACAGAAGUGGUAAAAUGUAUGCAUACGGUGGUAUGGAGAAGCUCAGCAAGACGCCUUACUCCGCAUUUUACCUUUUGAAGCCAAACCAGAAUUGGCUCCAAAGAAUGCUCUCCGUCCAAGAAACUCCUUAUUUCGGAGAAGCCAAAGCAAGGCCAGGAUUCGGUACAGGACCGAGAAGGCGUACGAAAUCCAUCAGACUCAACGCUCUCGUCAGAUCUUUGUUUGCAAUGGACGGAGGCAUCGACCAAGCAAUUACAGAUUAUCAGUCGGAUGCAGAUAUGUCCGUUGACAGCGAAGAUUUGCAUCCUCCGCCUUCUCCAAGGGACAAAAGGAAACAAAGUGCCAAAUCUGUUUCUGUUUUCAAGGCAGGAUGGAGCCAGAAACAGGAAACAGUCAUUCCGGAGGCAAACCGCGUUCCUUUGCCAGAUGAUACAGAUACGCCAGAGAUAACUCCAGAACAAGAAGCCGAACUGAAGCCAAAGAAAAGGAAAAAAGUAAAGAAAUCGGCGGAUGACGACGGAAAUGAGGAAUUGAAGCCAAAGAGAAGGAAAAAGAAAGUAGCAACAGAGGCUCCAGCACCUGAAACAACAGAUACAGCUUAA